AUGUCCGAAUCUUUAUUCAUGCAAUACUAUGAUGACAGUAAAUAUGGUUCCAAACAUGGUGACGUUAUACUUUGGACAUCAGAAGAUACGAAACGUGCCGUACUAUUUUCAUUGGUACCAGGUUCUUUGGCAUUAUGCGCAAUUGCAUCAUUUAGCAAGGAAAAAAAUUUGGUCCAUUGGUGGUCUACCUUAAAAAAACCAAAUUGGGCACCAAAAAAUCCAGCGAUUUACGGAGCAAUCGAUCUUAUGACAAUUGCGCCUCUUGGUUACGCGUCAUAUAUGGCAUAUAAGUAUGGCGGAGGUUUUGCAUAUAAUCAUACAAAGUGGGCAAUGGCAUUAUAUGGUGGUAGUAUGAUUUGUGCAUUUAUUACAAUACCACUGGUGAAAGGAAAGAAUUACGUUUGUUUUCAGUUAUUCCGUAACUCACUUAUAAUGCAUUUGACUGGAGCUGGGGCAGCAUUUGCAUUCUUUAAGAUCCAUCGCAAAGCUGGAUGGUUAUUAGUACCGUACGCUUUGUGGACAGGCUUUUAUACAUACCUCACAUAUUGUACAACAUCAGAAGGAAGUGAACGUUCAGCUUUUUAA